ACCCCGGAAUUGUGGAGUCCCCAAUCGCGAGACCACGGUUCCUCCCUGCGGCUCCUCUGCCGCGUCCGGCGUUGGCUACCGGCCGUUACUGCAAUCGCGACAGACCGGUCACCACGGUUCCUCCCUGCGGCUCCCCUGCCGCGUCCGGCGUUGGCUACCGGCCGUUAUUGCUGGUGGCGAGCGCCACCCCCCCACCCCCAACCUCUCAAAGUCUCAAGUGAUUAAGGAUGUCUCUGUCCAAACCGUGCGCCAUGCCGGAGCGGCGCAUCGUGCCGGUUCCCGCGACGUCCGACAUCGGCGUUCUGCCCAUGGACGCCCUGCGCGAGAUUCUACUGCGCCUCCAGGCCAAGGAGCUCUGCCGCCUCCGCCUGGUCUGCCGUCUGUGGCGGUCCCUCCUCUCCGACCCGCACUUCGCCGCGCCCCACUACGCGCGGCAUCGGGCGGUGCUCAUCAUCGCCGCCUACAAGGACGACGCGGGGCGCGACGUGCUCGUGGACAUCAUGGAUCUCUCCGGGCAAAUCGUGAAGAAGGUGCCCACAAUGGAGGGCGACAGAGCCGCCGUGAGGGGCGGGGGGACCCUUGACCGCGUCUGUGUUAGGAAAAUCGACGACAGCCGCAGCAGCUACCGAGUGUUCAACCCGAUUCGCGAGGAAGUGUACUACUUACCGGACAGAUUAUUCGAUCCGGCUACUGGAGCUGUGUACCGCAUACCAGACAGCUACGCAGAAGAGCAUGUGGAGCUCGCUUCGAGCUUGAUCACCGAGCCCAAGUAUCUGUUUGGACAGGUCGCCCGGACAGGAGAGUGCAAGAUGUUUCGAAUGCUAUUCCAUUUUUCCGUUGGCAUUGGAGGUCGGGGGAUGUUUGAGGUCUGCACGCUCAACUCCGAUAACAGUAGCAGCCGGGCAGCAGGGUGGAGGAGAGCCGCGCCCCUUGAAAAAGGCAUUCAGAUUAGUAGGUUUACCAGUGUGGUAAUCGAUGGGGUUGUCUACUGCCUUUGCUUUGGUCCACACCAUUCUAUCACCUUCGACAACCGAGUUACCGAGCAAGAUUUGAUAUUUACAUUCGACCUUGAGACUGAGGCAUGGGGACCGUCAAUCCGGGGGCCCCCGAUCACCUUCCCUGAUGACGCUGAUCUCAUGUUCUACUACCUUGGUCUUCCUAAUGUAAAGCAACUGACAAUAGCCAACCUGAAUCGCUCCUUGGCUGUUGUGCAUGGCCCAGCUCCGUAUGUUGAUGUUUGGAUUCUACUGGACUUUGCAAAGGGUCUCUGGGUCAAAAUGUACAGCAUACAGUUUGAGAAAUACACCAUUCUUAAGCCCGUGCAUCCCUUGUUUGUGUUUGGCGACGGGAGGAUCAUCCUGUAUAAACAAGACCAUGAUUACCUGCAGAUUUAUGAUCCAAGAACCAACACACUUGCUGAUUUACUGGAGUCAAAGCAUUUCUCUGCAGUUGCUAGGUACACAGGAAACCUACUGAGCUUAGAGCGCUGAGUACUAAUGAGGUUUAUAAAAAGGAGUCAUCUCAGCUCAGCUGGAGCAUGGCGCAGAAAUUUCAAGAAGACGGCGCUGCACUUUCAUCAGUGAGAUCGAAUGGAUGGAGGUGACAAUAGGGUGACGAUCAUCUGAAGGCAGAGCAUUCCAUGCUGAGAGACUUUUGUUGAAAACUGAGCACAGCCUGUGCGCUGUUAAAAGCCAUCUGGCCAUGUAAAGGUUCAGAUGUUGUGUGUGGCUAUGAACGCUUUACGUUGUGAGGUAACGCCUCUCAGUGUAGUUCAUGUUGUGCCAAUUGGAUGAACCCUCUGUGUUCAUUCCAAUGUGUUUUUUUGCGGUUUGAUUAGUUUUCUUUUCAUUCCAAUGUGUUUUUAUGCGGUUUGUUUAGUUCCUUUUUUCUUAGUUACAAACCUUUGUAAUUUUGUUACUGUCAAAUAAUGAAAUUCAGCUUUCCCGUGGUGGAAAACAA